AUGACUGGAAGAGAGGCCUCUGAUGGAAAUCCAAAGGGAAAAACCUUAGCCCCCAGUAUUGGAAACGAGAAAUCCGUGAGACUGAACGGAUCUGGUUUUAAAUCUAAAGGCUUCGCCAUCACAGAUCUCCUUGGUUUGGAGACGGAGUUGCAGCCCUCUGCUGAUCCUGGAGUCGGUUCCAAUGGAGAGGGUCACGGUGCCAGGAUGGGGGGAUUUGCGUUUUCAGGGGGGUCCUUGCCCCUCGGUCUGGGGUUCUUGUGCAGUUUGGCAGCUCAGCAACCCUCAGGAGCACCCUGCUUCCUUCCGCGUCACAUCCCUCUUCUUCAGACCCGGACAGAAAGCCAGUUUAUGCAGAAUGUGGAGCAACACAAGGAAAACUACUCUGACGAUGACAGUUUUUCCGGAGACCGCAACGACCUCAAAAACUCAGCAAACUCUCAGAAUAAGCGGAAAAAGAGGCGACACAGGACAGUAUUUACUGCUCUUCAGCUGGAAGAGUUGGAGAAGGCGUUUCACGAAGCUCACUACCCAGAUGUCUAUGCAAGAGAAAUGUUGGCUAUGAAAACGGAAUUGCCUGAAGACAGAAUACAGGUGUGGUUUCAAAACCGGAGAGCAAAGUGGAGGAAGCGUGAGAAAUGUUGGGGUAGAAGCAGCGUGAUGGCUGAAUACGGGUUAUAUGGAGCAAUGGUGCGGCAUUCCAUACCGCUUCCAGAAUCAAUUAUCAACUCAGCUAAAACUGGAAUGAUGGGAUCUUGCGCCCCCUGGCUGCUAGGUAUGCACAAAAAGUCUUUAGAUCCAGCAAAGAAGCCCAGCAAAAUAACAGAAUCAAGUCAUUCCGAAUCUGUUUUAGAAGAAAAAGUGAAAGACAGCAACAUCGAGUGGGCAAAUAAUGCAACUACAAUGGAAGAGCCCGGGGAUAUGGCGAUUGACCUUUCCAGCACUGCAAAACAGGACAACAAAAGCACUUUGAAACCAUCUAACAUAAAGUCACAAGGUGAAUCAGACAGCGAAAGCUAA